CAGCUGCACGCUAUUGUGACUGCAAUAGAAUGGUAAAGAAUGUCUUGUGGCGUUACGAAACGAGAGGCAAAUUUUGGUGUCUCUUGCGACUUCGAGUCUAGUUUGUCUUGUCACGUGACAGGCAGCCUAUUUUAUGUCCAAAGUGGGUGGAAUUUUCCUUGAGGGUGGCAGCGUGUUCGUAAAGUUUCAAAUAAUAUUGAGGUUGUUACACUUAUACACUGUGAGCUAGCUCAUUGGACUGCACAGGUAGGAGACUGGAGUGCACAGGUUGCAGUAAAUCAACACAAGAUCCCUAAACACCAGCAAAGCGGCAUGGCCAAAGCGGUUGUUAGUUUCAAGUACAUUCCAGUUCUGAGUUUGAUGAUCAUGGCGAUUGUUGGAUACCUACAGACUGCCGAGGCCAGUGUCUAUAUCACAACCACAGCAACUGCUCAGACAAAAACUGCUUACACGGGCAUAGCUUACAACGCCAGCUUCUCUACCACAAGCUUUGUUGUGGCCCAGUUUCUGGGCAUUCCUUACGCCCAACCUCCUACGGGAAGUAAAAGGUUCGCUAAACCUGUUAUCAACACCCCAGCUGUAGGCUCGUACGACGCCAGCAAGUUGGGAAACAUCUGCCCUCAGCACAGCAACUCCGGCGACCAGUGCAUUUCCAGUUUAGCUCCAUCCAUGAAUGAGGAUUGUUUGUAUCUCAAUAUCUACGUACCCUUGCCCAACAUGACAGCGAGCGAUGUUGAGUCUGGGGUCAAUAGGACGCUACCCACUGGAAAACAAUAUCCAGUCUUCUUUUACAUUCACGGAGGCGGUUAUUACCUCGGGUCAGGGAACUGUUAUAAUGGAACGAAUCUGGCAGGGCUUGGUGAGGUCAUCGUUGUCACUUCCAAUUAUCGAUUAGGAAUUCUGGGCUUUAUGGCCACUGGUGAUGACGUAAUUUCGGGAAAUUUAGCUUUGUGGGAUCAAUGGACAGCGCUUAGGUGGGUCAACCAGAACAUUGCAGCUUUCGGGGGUGACCCAAAUCUUGUGACCAUUGGAGGACACUCUGCAGGCGGUAUUAUUUCGACCCUUAUGGCUAUGUUCCCACAGGACACGCCUGAACUAUUCCAGAGAGUCUUUGCGCUAAGCGGAACUGCGCUGAUGCCCAAGACAUUCAUGCGUGAUGAUUACAACACUGCGUUAACAGUCGCUAACGAUCUAGGAUGCAAUAUUCAAGGACAAGGCAAAAGCGCAGAAAUCAAGGACUGCUUGAUGGGUAUGUCCACUUCACAACUGGUCAAAGGAAAAUUCACAGCAUUAACACCAAUGUCUUUUCCCCUAGAAACAUCAAUAAGCGAACCCUUGGUACCAAAAUCUACUUAUUUCUUAUCUCAAGCCCUUUCUAAGUACAAGUCAAAGACUCUCUCUGUUCCUGCAUCUUUUUACAAGAAAGAUUUGUUUUUGGGGACCAGCCAAGAGGAUGGGGUUGUCUUCUUUACUCUAAGGGAAUACUUUUUGGCGAACGCAUUGAUAAAUACGACUUUAUUCUAUGUAGUGCCUCCGAGGACUGUCUCGCUCAGUGACUUUAAACAGAUCGUGUUUGAGAUUUUAGCCAACAAAUUUACAGAUAACAUGGACGAUUACAAAGUGGAAAUCGAUUCUAUAAUGAAUCGAUACAUCCAGUGGGAGAAACCAAACGACCUGGUACUGCAAAGCAGGAAACUUGUGGACAUGUUCACUGACUUAGGAUUUGUAAUUCCCCAUGCAGACACAGCGCUGGCUCACGUCUUAGGGCCCAUCAUAGACUCGGCUGGCACCGGAGGGAAAACAUUUAUGUACAAAUUCUCAAAGGCGUAUACCAAUGCGGAAGCCAAAAUGUUGUUCAAUUUUUUUGAGGGCACCGAACACGACGCUGACAUUCCCUACGUCUUCGGUUUUGUUUCCGGAAGUGACGACAUUGCCUUGUCCAAGACCUUUAUGUCCUACGUCAUCAACUUCAUCAAAGCCGGAGAUCCUAACGGACCAGGCCUUACCCAAUGGAAAGAGUUUAACGCCGAGACGCAGCCGUACAUGUACAUCUCUACCAACACUGUUGAACAGAGAGAAUACUUUGGUGCCUCCAUUCAACAGUUCUGGAACGAGCUCAUCCCCAGCUUGAAGCAAUGCAAGGGCUCGAGCAGCACUGCAGACCGCCUUCAGAAUACCGUCCUCGUCGCCAUGGUCAGUGUGGCUUGGAGCAUCUGUCGAUUUGUUGUUUGUAUAAACUAUAAGUAGCUGAUAUUUUUUGCAAGUACUCUACUUGUUUGAUGUGAAUUAAUUAUUUAUCCAUACAAACGUAAGCUAGACAUUUGCCGUGCUUGUGUGUUAGAGUGCUAUUUGUACACUUCAACGUAACAA